UGUUGUGACAUAUAUUUUUAAUUCAUAUAUAUAUAUAGUAAUCGCUUUUCUUAAAGCAAACACCUUUGUUCUUCUAUAUAAGAGAACCAUGAGGCAUUGGUUUUCCUUCAUGCCAAGUAAACUUUCAAAAAACACUUUCUGAAUAGUACCUUAUUACCCUCUGUUCAUCAAAUUUAGAUCUUUUCUUUGUAUCAAAAUACCACUAUUGUUUUGGGGUUUUUUUUUUCUUGAAUAGUUGAAGAUGAAGAACAAGGCUUCUGUUGUUUUGAAACAGAUAAUAUCCUUGUUGAGUUCAUUAGGGAGCAAAGCAAAGAGCAGAACCAACGCAACCAAAGCUCGCCUUAUAAUGUUCUCACUGAUGAAGAACAAGAAAGUAUUAAUGGAGUCACUCUCUCACAAGAUUCACAAUCUACUUGGGAACAGUCACAAGGAAGGAGAUGAUGGUAUGGAGGAGGAUUUAAACAAAGCCAUAGUUCUAUACAAUGCCAAUGCCAAAGCCAAUGGCAACGACGAGUUUCGAUACGCAUCAGCAGCUGAUUCAGGCCACCAACUGGUGCAAUACUACAACUACAGUAAUAAUGAUGAUGAUGAUGAUAAGUAUCCUGAUCUAAGGCACUCCCUUUUUGAUGAGCUAGAAGAAGAAGAUGAUCAAGAUCUACAAGGAGGGUCUGUGAUUGACAUGGUGAGGAAUUCAAAGGAGGAAGGAGAAUCUUUCAAGUUGGAAGAUGAGAUAGACCAUGUUGCAGACUUGUUCAUCACAAGGUUUCAUAAGCAAAUACGUAUGCAAAAGCUUCACUCUUUCAAGAGGUACCAAGAAAUGCUUCAGAGAGGCCUUUAGAGAAAGAGAGAUAGAGAUCCAACUUAAUUAUUACAUAUUAAUUAGACAUGUAAUCGUGGCUUGUUUUUGGUUCCAUGUUGCUUGUCACCUACUUGAUUUUUUUUUUUUUGUUUCCGCAAUAAUGUUUUUUUUGUUUUUUAACUCUCUAAUUACUGCCUGUAUUGUUGGUUACCAAACUGAUUAUGACAAUAAUGAAAAAUUAUAUAUAAUAAUGAUAAUGCUUUUUUUUGGUUAGGCAGCGCUUG